UCAUCAAAGCGUAUCAAAAUUUUUUUGUGUGUAGCAGAAAGGAAGGCGGUGCUAGGCGCUUCUCGAAUAGGCUUCAAGAUCGGGUUUUAUUUAAUUUAAGUUGUCUGAGUCUGAGAUUAUCCACCCACACUCACUUAUCCAACCACCCCACCGCCAACUGCCAUUUAACCACACACCACAUUCACACUCACACACAUUUACACGGAAAGGAUAUUUGUAUAAAAAGAUACAAAAAUGCCGCGGCGUCGUCGUCCACGUUGCAAGGUGAAUCCCUCGAUAGCGCUGAGAAAGAAGAACCAGGAAAGUGCCUCCAAUCGUCAGAAGGUGGAGCCGCCACGCCCACCGCCCUUGCCGGAUCCGCCCAGCGAAGAGCCGCCGGAAACGGCCUCCACCUCGAGCGGAGAUGCCGGCAUCGACUCGGAUUACAAGCUCUUCCCGGAACUCUACGAUCGCCAGCCGCCGCUGCCCACGUUUGCGGAUGUAUUCGGUCAACCCAUUUACGGAUUGGUAACGAAGGGUUCGGAUCCGGCCACUUCCGCCACAACGUCGCAAGCGGCGGGAAUCCGGAGUACAGGCGAUGGAAAGUUUACCAACAUUCCGGCCACGAUGUUGGGCGAUCGGUUUGGCAUCACUGGACUCUUGGCCGCCAUGCGAACGACGCACACGGAUCCAAGUGCCACCCAGCUGGUGUUUGGCGAGGAUCUGACCACCUACGGACUGGAUCUGGCCGCCCAGGGGGACAUCUAUGUGCAUUUCAAUGGACCCCUUACCCGCGAACCGCCGGACAGGAGCUCCAUGGACUGCGCCCUCGAGCUGGGGAUGCGAGCUCUGAGGGAUGCCAUGGACAGGAAUCCGCAAAAGGCUCCAAGUUUGGAUCCAGUCGAGCCGGAGACUCGACAUCUGGGUCUUGUGGUCGGUGUGGGCCUGGAUGGGACCAAGAAAUCCGACCCGGAAACGAGCACGGAUGCAGAGUUAGCCACUGAUCAAGAUAGGGAUCCGAAAACGGAUCAAGAGAGAAGCCAGGAAAGCUAACGAAAUCGGGAUCGACGCCGAGGAUAAAAAGAUUGACUAUCCCAGUUAGGACAGCUUGGCAGUUGGAUAGGUCUUUGAAAACUUGGUAAAAUUGUUGAUCUUCGUGAAUUGGUGGAACUUGUUUGGCUCUAAAUAUAGAAUCGACUUGGGAGUAAA